AUGACGAAAAAAGCGCAUGGCGCUGUUGGCGAACAUAAACAGGCCCUGCCCUUGAAGUUUUGCGUCACCUUCGUGUCGCCAGCAAUGAAAGUAAACAGGGUGUGCGCAGAUCCCCCACUGCAACCCUGUGGUUGUCCCACACAGCAUGGCUCAAGUCAGCCUGCGCCAAGACCGGCGCCGAAGCCGAGGCUUCAGGCCACUGGCAUCCCAAACGGAAGGAUGAAGACGAAAAAGCCCAUCUGUGCAGCGGCACAGGAUGAUUUGGGUGGAGAGUCCUCGGACGAAGCAUCAGAGGCUCCAAUGACAACAUACCUGCUCUAUGAGAGCUCUGCAGGUUAUGCUUUGUUUCUCAAGAAAGAGUUCGAAGAGACCGCCGAAACAGAGGAGGAGGUGCAGAACUCCCUCCUCGACCCCAAGAAGGUGAGCAAGAUUCUUUCCUUGCAUGCAUGGACACAGUUCCGGGAUGCAGAGGAUGCACUGAACCAAGCGAACUCCAUUGCAGCUGGCAUCGCAACGGAGGAACUCGUGAACUUCUUAGAGAUGAACCUGCCAAAGAAGAAGAAGACCUACCAGCUGGGCGUCUACGAUCCGGAGCUUGGAAAGGCUUUGGCCGAGCAGUUCCCGAUUGCUCACGGCCAGUCGGUGAAGGAACUGCUGCGAGGCUGCCGCCUGCAUUUCAACCGCUUGGUGAAGGACCUCAGUGAAGGCGAUCUCGACAAAGCUCGGCUUGGACUGGGCCAUGCAUUCAGCCGAGCACGAAUGCAGCUGGACCCGAACAGACAGGACAAGCCCAUCAUGAACACCAUCGCCUUGCUGGACAACCUGGACAAGAACAUCAACACCUUUGCAAUGCGAGUUCGGGAGUGGUAUGCGUGGCACUUCCCGGAGCUCACAAAGAUUGUCACCGACAACAUCGCCUAUGCAAAGGUCUCUCGAGUUGUCCGGGUCAGAGACAACUUCGAAGGUGACAAAGAGGCUCUAACAGAAGCCUGUGGAUCAGAAGACGUUGCAGAUGAAAUCUUGAAAGCGCUGAAGAUGUCCAUGGGGCAGGACAUUGUCGAGAUGGACAUGAAGAACAUCGAUCACUUUGCAAGUGAGGUUAUCAAGCUUGCAGACAUGCGAAAGACACUGCACGAGUACCUCAAGGCGAAGAUGGACUUGGUUGCCCCCAACCUGGCGGCAUUGAUCGGUGAGAUCAUCGGAGCGAGACUCAUCUCUCAUGCAGGGAGCCUCACCAACCUGGCAAAGUACCCGGCUUCGACAGUCCAGAUCUUGGGCGCAGAGAAGGCGCUCUUCCGCGCCAUCAAGACCAAGGGCAACACUCCAAAGUAUGGAUUGAUAUUCCACUCGACUUUCAUUGGCCGUGCGCAGCAGAAGAACAAGGGCCGAAUAUCUAGGUACUUGGCGAACAAGUGCUCCCUAGCAUCCCGAAUUGAUUGCUUUUCUGACGAAGCGACCACUGUUUUCGGUGAGAAGCUGAAGGACCAGGUGGAGGAGCGGCUAACGUUCCUCUCCGAGGGCACCACGCCGCGCAAGAACCUGGAAGUCAUGCAGGAAGCCAUUAAGGAGGUGACGAAGCUGCGUAAAAAGAGGGCGAAAAAGGCGAAGGCUGCAGCGGAGGCUGCAGCAGCUGGUGAGGAGGUUGAGGAAGGAGCAGUAAAGCCCAAGAAGAAGAGACCAGCGGCCGAAGUUCCAGAGGAGGCAGAGGAGACGCCAGCACCAAAAAAGAAGAAGAAGAGGGCUGCAGAAGCCGAAGAGGAGACGGCUGCAUCAGAGGCCACGCCCAAGCGAAAGAAGAAGGCCUCUGCGUGA